AAAAACGGCUGGCGGAGUUUGAGCAAAAAUUGUCCAAAAAUAAACAAUAAACAAACGGGAGGCCAUCACCGUGCUGCAGAUGGAUUACGUUUACUGCGGCACCGAUUCAAUCGGUGCCUCCGACGACAUAUUAAGUGUUUAUGACGCGGGAUCUGCGCAAGGAAACGGACACUUUUCACCGAGUUUCAAUGGCUUCAACAUCGGCAGCACUGAUCCUGACUACGUGGAACUGGUACCAGUGCUCGCUGACGGCGGAGAGCAUUUUGGGGUUUCCAGCGUGGCGUUCGAUGACUACGAGGAGCUGCUUUGGAUGGGAAACCAAGGAGGUCACGUCACCUCAUACUACACCAGCUCUAUGCAGAAGUACACAUCCUUUCAGGUGCACGCCAGCGAUAUUGUGCGUCAGAUCACCACCCUGGACUCCGGAGUGCUGGUUCUCACACAAACCUCUCUUCGUCACCAAAUCCGCAGGGGUCUUCCUAAGUUCACCUAUAAAUCCAACAACAUGACCGAAAUGGUGACCAUGCUGCAGCUGUCGCCUCACCGUCUGGUAAUGGCCGGGCUGCAGGAGGAGCUUAUUGACUUCGAUAUGCGCGCGCUCAAAGAAACUCGACUCGAGCAUGUGGGGGCUGCAGGCUGCACUGUGCUUCGCAAGAAUUCCCGCUUUUUGUUCGCCGGCGAUCAGAUGGGAACAGUUACAUUGCGCGAUCUGAAUAGCUUGAGUGUUCAGCACACAAUCAAAACGCACACUAACGUGCUCUCAGACUUUAGUGUCCAGGGCAACCUGCUCAUCUCCUGCGGUUACAGCGGUCGACAGAAUAACCUGGCCAUCGACCGCUUCCUCAUGGUCUACGAUCUGCGUAUGCUGCGCAUGAUCUCGCCCAUCCAAGUGAUGAUUGAUCCGCAAAUGCUGAAGUUCCUGCCAUCACUUACAUCCCGCCUGGCCGUGGUGUCCAGUUACGGCCUGAUCCAGCUGGUGGACACCGUGGAGCUCAACGAGCCGCGAGUCUCCAUGUAUCAGAUAAACACCAACAACAGCCAGUGCCUUAGCUUCGACAUCAGCUCCUCAUCGCAGGCCAUGGCUUUUGGCGACCAGUCCGGCCAUAUCAACAUGAUUGCCGCUGUGCAGACGCCCCAGCCGCAGUUCAAUUCCUUUUCGCGAAAUACAGAGUUCGCGGAUGUGGUGCCACAGCUGCCGAUGGUUUCCAUUACGGACACUAACUUUCCGCUGUCAUCGGUCAUGCUGCCCCACUUGACGACGGGCACACAAUGGUUUUCCGACUGGCCGGAGGAACUACUUUGCUACCGCUACCACAGACCCAAGACCAUAGAUCCCGAAGUGCUGAACAACAUGAAAAUGCAGGGACCCAUUGGAUACUCGCCCAAUCCGCGCACCGCCCGUCGAAAUCAAAUUCCGUACGUGAUUGAGCAGGGCGUGUGCAGCACAAAUGGGAACGGUGCUGCAGCGGUGACCAAAUCAGAGAACGGCGUCAAAAUCAUUCCAAGACGGUAUCGCAAAGUCGAGUUGAAGUACACAAAGCUGGGCACCCAGGACUUUGACUUUGAGCAGCAUAAUCAGACUUGUUUUGCUGGAUUAGAGGCAACCUUGCCCAAUUCCUACUGCAACGCCAUGCUUCAGAUACUCUAUUUUACAGAAGCUCUGCGUGUUAAACUGAUUGAGCAUUCCUGUACCAAGGAGUUUUGCUUAUCGUGCGAACUGGGCUUCCUGUUCAACAUGCUGGAUAAAAGCACCGCUUCAUCCCCAUGCCAAGCCAGCAAUUUUCUGCGCUCUUUUCGCACUGUUCCAGAAGCCUCGGCAUUAGGCUUGAUUCUGACAGAUCGUUCUUCAAAUGUCAAUCUUAUAACUCUUAUACAGAACUGGAACCGAUUCAUUUUGCAUCAAAUGCAUUACGAAAUCUUCGAUUCUAGCAGAAACCCAUCCGCCCCAAGCGGAUCUGUGCAAACAUCAACAAACGCAGAAAACACAAGCCCUUCCGAAACAAGUGGCGCCCCUGAGUUGUAUGAUUCCAUAUGUGCAGAUGGAAAUUCCAAAGAGGACGAUCGGGAACGCAGUAAGAUUAACACAGAAACAGAGAUCAGUAAAAUCUUCGGAACAAAGCAAAUUUGUGUUAACCGCUGCAUCAAAUGUCAAGUGGAGAAAUCAAAGGAAAACAUCUUACUCGCCUGCAACAUGUCUUACCCGACUCAUAUCAAAGAUAGUGAGCAGUAUUUCAGCUUUGGUACCAUUUUAAAGCGUUCUCUCAGCACGGAGAAGAGCAUUCAAGCUUUUUGUGAGAACUGUAAGAAGUUUUCGCCAACAAAUCAGAGCGUUAAGGUUACAUCUCUUCCGCAAAUGUUAUCCAUUAAUUGUGGCCUCAACAACGAGAAAGACAUUACGUUUCUGAAGCGCCAAUUGAAUCGGUGCAACGAAAAGCCGUCUGCCGAUGCAACAGCAUCUUUAAGCACUAGUAAACUGUGUCGCUACGGAGCCAAUUGUUCAAGAAGCGACUGCCAUUUCAUGCACCCCGAUCGAAAAUCACCAUCGCACACUAACCAAGCAAAUAACGUCAGCAGUUCUCCUAAUGGACGCCAGAAGUCUUGGUUUCCUUUAACGUUUACCAUGGGCAUCAACGAACAAGACGAGCUACAGGUGCAAACUCAGUCAGAUGCAGGUGCCGGUAAGUCGGAGCAGGACGAUGAGGCCGAAAAGCCGACCACAAAAACGGCAGAUAACAACCGGAUGUACGCCCUACACGCUGUGGUCUGCCAAGUUGAUGAUGGCACCCAAAAGAAUUUGGUGUCGCUUAUCAAUGUGCAGCGUCAAUAUCACACUAUGAAACUGGCGGAAUCCCCAGAGGACCCUCAGAAUCAAUGGUACAUCUUCAAUGAUUUCAGCAUUUCGCCCGUGUUGCCCCAGGAGUCAGUUUGGUUCACUUUGGACUGGAAGGUGCCAUGUGUACUGUUUUACAGGAAUGUCGAGGAUGAUUCUGAAUCUGCCAGUACUACGAGCUCCACUGUAACAGAAAGUGAUGACACCGUUCCAUCGGAGAGCAGCAGCGACUCGCCUACAAACUUAACCAACCCCUUUUUGGAGGACAUUACAAAUCCAAUACCAGGCAACGUGAGUACGGACGCUACACUCAAAGCCCUGCAGAUGGAUGAGAUGCCGCAGUCGGGUGACCUGGUCGCCAUGGAUGCUGAAUUCGUUACACUAAACCCGGAGGAGAACGAAAUACGGCCAGAUGGCAAGACGGCGACAAUCAAGCCAUGUCACAUGAGCGUGGCCCGUAUUUCAUGCAUUCGAGGACAAGGCCCUAAUGAAGGAGUUCCGUUCAUGGAUGAUUACAUCUCCACUCAGGAGAAGGUAGUGGAUUACCUAACACAAUUCUCGGGCAUAAAGCCUGGCGAUUUGGACGCCAAUUUCAGCAAAAAGCGAUUGACUGCUCUUAAGUACUCAUAUCAGAAAUUGAAGUAUUUAGUCGAUGUGGGCGUGAUAUUUGUCGGACAUGGACUUAAAAAUGAUUUCAGGGUCAUUAAUAUUUAUGUGCCGUCCGAGCAAAUAAUUGACACGGUGCAUCUGUUCCACCUGCCACAUCAUCGAAUGGUGUCCUUGAGGUUUUUGGCUUGGCAUUUCUUAGGUACAAAGAUUCAAUCCGAGACGCACGACUCCAUCGAAGAUGCACGGACCACUCUGCAGUUGUACAAACACUACUUGAAGCUGCAGGCAGAAAAGAAGUUUAGCAACGCCCUUAAAAACCUUUACGAACGCGGAAAACUACUUCAGUGGAAAGUGCCGGAGGACUGAAUAACUUACUCGAACCUGUUGCCAAUUCGACGAAUUCGACGCAUAAUCAAAGUAAUCGUCAGUACAAACACUAUACCGAUCUAAAAAUCCUGGUUUUUCUCUAUUUAAUUAUGCUUUAGUGAGUUUCAUUUUUCUCUGGAGCUUCAGGUAUUUCUUUUUGUAUUUGUAUAUCUUUAAAACAAAAAAAUGGAAAAAAGAAAAAUUGUAUAUCUUA